AUGAAGUCCGGAGCGAUUUUGACUCUGCUGGCCUGUCUGUGCCUGACCUUUAACGCUGAAGCAUUCAACUUCGGCAAGCUUCUUGGAACCAUAGCAGGCACUGUCGACGGAGUUGGCAACUUGCUGAACGGUAUCCUUGGAGGCCUUGCUACAGAACAGCUAGGCUUCCUGCCUGAUGUCGACUUCAAGGCCAGGCUUGUUGGCGCUAACGCCCUCUGCCAAUUAGAGAGCCGCGAUGGAAUUCGGGAGUCGGACACGAUGUGUGGAGAUUUCGGCAAGCGGUACUAUUCGGAGGCGGCCGGAAAGUGGGCUUGCGGAAGGCUGAGAUCGGACGCAAUGGGAGUUUACUCUUCCGCUGGCCAAUCACAUGGCCGUGCACUUUGCAGCGACAGAAAGCCUAUGGUAGAUGUUGAAGCGGUCGACGAUGAGAUCGAGCCUUCCUUUCAUGAUAGCAGCAGUUUCUAUGCGAAGGCGCUCGCAGCAGAUCUGUACAAGUAUACUUCGGCCUUCAAUGAUACCCUAGGCGAGUCCGAGGCCCACACAACUGCUGUCUUGACCACCGCCCGCUUGACGUUGCUGGUAUACGCUAUCCUAUUGGACGACGAGUCUGCCAGUUGUGCAAAGGCACGUGCAACAGAAUCAUGCCGAAAGACAGCAUUGAUACGUGCAAGUACAAAGUUUGUGUUGGAUUUCUAG